AAUUUUCAGGUCCUAUUAAGGUUACCUCCUGGCCAUCCAGGUCUUGAUGACUAUCCAAUUUCAAUUGUUUUUUGGUAAAAGAUGACUGUCGUAAUGUCAUUAGUUGACCAAAACUGUUGAGACCACGGAGUCCUUUCCGAUUCUCUGCAUUCGGGUCAGGUACCUGAGCCUCUUGGCCACCGUGACCGGUUUAUGGGUCAUCGUUCUCCACUUCUCGCGGCUCCCACCACGGUCUCAGCGAAAUAAGAAAGUACAAGGCGUUAUCGUUCUGCUGCCUUGAGGUACAGGUCUACAGUUUCAUACGGUACGGAGCCUGACUAAGAUCCACUCAAUUUACCAAUUUACGUGUCAAAUAACAUUCGCGGUAAAUAAAAAAAUAGUCGCACCAACGAAAUGUCGUGAUUUCCUAAAAAUAAGCAGAAAGUAUGUGGUGGAUUCUUGUGCUGAUUUGUGCAACAACCGGAAGUGCACUCAGGCUCGCAGCGUACAUCUCAUCCGGUGGUCUUCAUGGAGAAAUACGAUUUGAAUCAGGUCCAGAGGAUACCGUUCGAAUUCGAUUUGCACUUCAAACCACCCUACAGUAUCCAGAUCAGUUAUGGCUGUGGUCCAUUACUCAGUUUCCGGUAGAUUACACGACCGUUGACAGUCGUUGCGAUGCGCGACAUACAGGGGAGACUGUCAUUGAUAUGACGGAUCUACUUGGUCCUCUGGUGAUGCCAGGAAAUGAAACAGGCGUCAUAGAAGUUCCUGGGUUGAGUCUUACUGGGAAAGAAGGUCUUUGGGGGAAAGGUCUUGUUCUCAAGGAUACAUAUAGUCCUAGGACGAUUUGUGCUUCUAUUACGGUGUCUGACAAAAAUGCUGAAAAAGUCGCCGAAGCUCGUUUCUAUGGACCUGUUGCUGGUUCCGUUUGGUUUCGUUGGUUAGGUGGCCAAAUUGGCGACAACACCUCUGACACAAUAAUUUAUGCCAAUUUACAUCACGUUACUAAACAGAAACCAACGACAGUUGAUUUUACGGAACAUCAUUGGAAAAUCUACACCAGUGAUAUAUUUGAUUCUGGGAAAGAAGAAGGAGAGGAUAAUUGUAAUAUAUUACAAACCGUAUUCGAUCCUGACAAUUUGGGCGAAUCCAAGUCGAUUGGCGACAUUGAUACACGGUUAGGAAAGAUAAAGGUCGUUACCAAUGUCAACAAGAAAUUUAAAACGUCCUACAGAGAUCCGGAAAUUUCGUUAUUACCUGCUGAUCUUCUUGGACCUUAUCGUUCAUUGUUUUUGGUCAUCUUCCAUCCAACUCAUGACGACUCCUUUCUGGCCUGUGCUAAGAUCAGGCAUCAUAAACCAAUUUUCGCCAAAACAUUAAUUAACUCUCAUGGUAUCAAGGGAGAAGUUACACUCACUCAGGACAUGCCAUUUAAUCCAACUUGGGUCAACGUUUCUCUAGUUCCUGUAAAUAAUCUUGAAACAAGGUUACGUUACAAUACCAAGAUAGCAUCUUACAGAAUUCAUGAGUUGCCCCAAGAGCCAACAAGAUCAAGAGCACAGACUGGGGAACCGUGUUUGUCAACAAAAAAUAUGUACAAUCCCUUAAAGAUCGACGAGAAGCAAGCUCCUCCACCUGGUCUCGGGACUCAGGAUCAGUAUGCAAUUGGUGAUCUAACAGGCAAGCUUCAAGGUCGUAAAGAAGGAUUUAAUCAUAACGAUAUUGUUCCUGGAAGUGCAAAAUUGAAUGGAAUCUAUUGGGAUACCUAUCUACCAUUAUCUGGAGCCUACAGUGUUGUUCACAGAUCACUUGUUCUUCACAAAUAUAAUGAAACCGAUAAUAAAGGUGUAAUACCUUGGGUCUGUGGGACUUUUGCACUUCAUUCACCUUACAUUGGUGGACAAAUGCCUAUGUUCACGGCAGAAGUAAUCUUCAGGUAUCCUCUUGUUGGAAGAAUUAUUUUUAGACAGCCAAAAAAUGAGCCCCAAAUGGACACAACUAUUUUGAUUGAAAACUUAGUCCAUGCUGAUGGCAGUUCGCUUAAUAAUUCAGCUGAGCAUAGAUGGAUGAUUCACGACCAUCCCCCAGGGAAGGAUUAUUAUAAUUGGACAGAAAGAUGUCUUAGUGCUGGAGGACCUUUUAAUCCUUACAAGGUCGACUGGAAUCCAGAUCAUCCAGAAUGGUGUUCAUCCAAUGAAAUAACUGUAUGCCGUCUUGGCGAUCUUUCUCGACACGGUACACUGGAAAUAGCUGGCAGAAAAUUGUUUGGUCCACAAAUAACACGAAAACUCUUUACUGAUUCUUUAUUACCUCUUGUUGGAUCAAUAAAUAUUCUAGGAAAGAGUUUAGUUCUUUAUGACGAUCAUGGACCCGUUGCCAGAGGAGAGCGACUUGCUUGUUCUAUAAUCAGUGCCGUCCAUAGAAGAAAAGCUGUGGUCAAAGACUGGUUUGGUAAUGGCCAGGAUACAUCAGUUAGAGGAAAGUUAGAAUUUAUUCAGCAAAGCGAAUACGACGUUACCGACGUCGAAGUCAAUUUGGAAGGUUUGGCUGCAGAAAUGAGUGGUUAUCAUGUUCACAUGACACCCGUCGAGGUUGAUUUGGAAUUUCCAUGUGAAGCUACAACACUUUAUGGUCACUGGAAUCCGUUGAAUGUUAAUACUAGUACUGUACCACCUCCUGCGUCAGGAACUAUUGAUCAGUACGAGAUGGGUGAUCUUAGUGGGAAAUUUGGUACAUUGGAUAAUAGAAAAAAAUAUAGUACUAUUUAUAACGAUACUAUGCUUCCGUUAUUUGGACCCAGAAGCAUAUUGGGUCGAAGUAUUGUAAUACACAAAAAAGAUAAAAAUUUAAGAUGGGCGUGUUCGACAAUCGAAAGAGGAUAUGCACCUUCAGAAGCACGAGAAUUACGUGCAAUUGCGUCAUUUCAUCAUCCCUAUGGUUUCGCUUAUGGCUAUAUUAGAAUGACUCAACUCAUAUACAGAGAUAAUAGUCAAAGUGAUACAAUUAUUGAGGUAAAACUUCAUCAUCCAGGAAAAAAUGACCGGAACGUGACAAGAAAUCACAAUUGGGCUAUUUAUGUAAAUCCGGUUGGCGUUGAUGCAUCCGUAAGGGUAAAGGAUACACGCUGCGUUGCCGGUGGAUACAGAUGGAAUCCUUAUUUCACGCAACUUGCUGAUCCUUUAAACGAGGAUUUGUAUAAACAAGAAUGUGGGCCGGAUCUACCUCUGCGAUGUCACGUUGGUGAUAUUUCGUCACGGCUAGGUCCUAUUGACAUUGGUCUAGAGCGUCAAGUAUUUACUGAUCCAAAUUUCCCAUUAGAAGGUACCGUAUCGGCAAUGGGUAAAUCAAUUGUUAUCAUGGAUUCAGAAUUUGGCAGCAAUAGAUUUGCUUGUGCAAAUAUUGAGCCGGAUAAUGAUAUUGUAAAAUAUGCCAAUAUCAGGAAACCACCCAGAUUUGUGGUGGCUCAAUUUUUGGAAGAUGUCAGAGAGCUUAUGGGUAUUCCGGAUUGGAUGUUGUCUGUAGACAGUAGAAAGACAAAAAUUCUUCACAAUGGAGCCUGCAUACAAUUUUUGCUUCACUUUAAAGGACCGAUUGCUAAUAAACUUGAGCAAGACUUUAGUAAAUUAAUGUCCAUUGGAAGACUUGAUGCACCGACCUUAUACAUUCCGGGAUACGUGCAAACCAAGCGUAAAAGGACCAUUGGCCAUAGACAGUGUGGCACACGCGAUCCUAUCGAUAAAAGUUAUGCUUUAUAUGGAAGCAACGCUGGUACUGCAACGCAAUCUGCAUUCUAUUUAAUAUGUAGUAUAUUAUUAUUAUUAAUAUGCAAUAGGACCCUGUAAAUAUAUUGAAAUGAUAAUUGAUAAGUAAUGAUAUUUACAUAAAUAUAAAAAUUGAAUAAACUUGUUUACAAAAGCAAUUA